AUGCAAUCGGCGUGCGGCAAGCUCCGGCAGGCUGCGAAGCAAACGCUCAACCAUCCGAGGUUCAUCGAGCUGAGAAACUUCGCAUCUUUUGAAUCGAAAUAUAGCUCUGUGCGCUCAGGUCCCCGAACAGCAUUUUCUCUGGACAAAAGUUUUGGCCCAAAAACUUUUAUACCACCAUCUUUUAAAAGAUAUGGUCUAGCUUCAAUGUUGCCAUCGUCUGGAGGACAAAUUUUGAGUUUAGAUCGGUCAGCUGCUAUAGCAUCUGCUUGGCCAACUAGAAAUAUUACAACAUCAACCUCUACUUCUAUUGAUGCUUCUGCUUCUGCUUCUGCUUCUGAUUCUCCUUCUCCUGAUGUAACCAAGCGCAUCAAAUUCAAGAGGCUCGAUAAAACAGCAAGACAUAUCAUGCAGAUAAUUGAUAAAGAAGCCGUUGAGGAAGUGAAAACGAACCGAGAAAUACCUGAUAUAAGGCCUGGUUAUAUUGUCCAGCUGAAAGUGGAAGUACCGGAGAACAAGCGACGUGUUUCAGUUAUAAAAGGGAUUGUUAUAGCUAGACGUAAUGCUGGUCUAAAUACCACUUUCAGAAUAAGGAGGCUUGUUGCAGGUGUUGGCAUUGAGUCUCUAUUCCCACUGUACUCUCCGAAUAUAAAGGAGAUAAAAGUGCUGGAGAAGAAGAAAGUGAGGAGGGCCAAGCUUUACUAUCUCAGGGAGAAAAUGAACGCACUCAAGAAGCAGUAA